UCACUGUUGUGACAUUUCAUUCAUUGAACAAUCCUUUCCUUUCCUCCUAUGUUUGUGGUUCAUAUUUCUUCAUAUCAUUCAAGCCACCUCUUUUAAAGACUAUGCUAAGAUCCUUCCACACUUUCCCCUCCAUCGCCGCUCCUCUUCAUCUCCCUCAUCUCCUCCACCUGCAAUUUCCCUAUGUUAACGCUCCAAAGUCAUCUCACCAAUGGUGAAAGUAGCCAGAGUCAUGACAACAACGAAGAAGAACAAGUGAGAGAUAUCCAUGCUCUAACCCCACCCCACCCUCCACCUGCAAACAGAGGCCGUUGGGAAACUGGCAGCCAUAGAUCCUCCUCCAUGUCCAUGUACAGUGAUGCAGGUUCCGGUGAAAACUUCACUUCCAUGAGUAGAGAGUUCAACGCUCUAGUUCUAGCAGGAUCCUCCAUCGAGAACAACAUCGAUAAUGAUUCUAUUGCCACCAUGCUUAACACGCAAAAUCAGUUGUCUAGGAUUGGAGAAGAUGAUGUUCCUGAAGAAACCAAUCCGUUGGCUAUAGUUCCUGAUAAUUCCCCUUUGGACCAGCAUCCGGAACAGAGGCGGCCAGAGCCAGGGACCUCUGUCGGCAGUGGUAGUCAGGGUGAAGUCUCUGUUUUGAGGGUGAAGAAAGAGGAGGUGGAAUCCAAGAUUUCUGCAUGGCAAAACGCAAAAGUUGCAAAGAUUAAUAACAGGUUUAAGAGAGAAGAUGCAAUCAUUAAUGGGUGGGAAAGUGAACAAGUGCAAAAGGCCACUUCUUGGAUGAAAAAAGUUGAGAGGAAGCUAGAGGAGAAAAGAGCAAGAGCUCUAGAGAAGAUGCAGAAUGAUGUGGCAAAAGCACACAGAAAAUCAGAGGAGAGAAGGGCAUCAGCAGAGGCAAAGAGAGGAACCAAAGUGGCCAGAGUUCUUGAAUUGGCCAAUUUGAUGAGAGCUGUUGGAAGAGCUCCAGUUAAACGUUCCUUCUUUUGAGUUUUAAUUAGUAAAUUACAAUUGCAAUUUCCCCCAUAUACUGCGUUUUUGCUUCAUCUUAUGAACCAUAUGGAAAGUUUUUUGUUUGAGUGGGUUGAAUUAUGUGUUGGGAAUUUGAUAUUUGAUGAGGGAUUGUUGGUGAUUUUCUGGUGAAACAACCUCCUUUGUAUUGUACAGUUAAAAACAAUUAUCUAUGAAGCAUAUAAUUAAGUAUAUCCUGUUUG